ACUGCUGCGCUGAUGCUUAGCGCGUAUCUAGGAGUUUGCCAAGAGGAUAUGUAUAGAACCUAUGGUAAACAUGCCAAAGAAUCCAUGUUCAUGGUGCACCUGCUUUCCAUUCCUGGAUACGCACUCCUUGGACCUGAGAUCGUCAAAGCUUUUGAUGGUGCAAGUCGCACACCUCCCUUGAACAUCCUUGGCUAUGAUCUGCUAUUACCCAAAGCUUGGAGCUAUAUUUUAGGGAUAUGUGUAUUGCAAUAUAUCUGCAUCAAAAACGUCUACCGACUCACUGCAUUGACUACGUCGUUGAAUGUUACUAUGGUGAUCACUCUUCGGAAAUUCCUUUCUCUGUUCGUCUCCUUUGUUGCUUUUGGGAAUCCCUUCAACGUGUUUCAUUUCUUUGGAGCCGCCUUUGUAUUUAUAGGCUCAUUAGUGUUUUCUAAUGUUAUUUGA